AUGUUUGCGAUUGCUGUAUUAGUCCUUUUCAUUCACUCCGUUGUGAGCUGCGAGGAACCAAGAUGCAAUGGAACGUCCUCGUUACCAAACACCCGGUUACUGGGACAUGUGUUUCUCGUAAAAGGGACCGACAACAUGGUAGGCUGCAUAAACAUCUGCGACAAACAAACACAGUGUCGAAGUAUAAACUUUGACUGGGUUAACUUUCUCUGCGAGUUAAACAAAGCCGAUGUCCAUAUUGCUCCCCAAAGUCUUAUUCCAGCCAAAGGAUAUGUGUACUUGGAUAAUCCAUGGCCAAAAAUCCAAUUGGUGAGUCACUGGAAAGUUUUAUUUUGAAAUAUUCAUAAAUGACUAUUUUUUGUUUUUUUAAAUAGACCAUUGGGGCACUAACUUUUAAAAGCUAAACAACCUUAGCGUGUUUUCGUAAGUUCGCAUCGGGUUAUUCUUAUGGUCGAUUUCUACGGACGACUCUCUAAUGGAAUUGGCAUGUUUUACUUUUGGUGACUUACAUAACACGAGAACGUGAUUGUUCCCAUCAUCCCCUCAUUCGGGCCUCUCACUGUUUGUGAUGCCCGCUCACCCUCGGAGAGGCGCCCUAAAUAAGCCUCUUCGUAGCUGAUAUAUGCCCACUCUGAAUAAAAUCCAAGAGGGAAAUUUCUUUUCUUAAGUAACCAUGUUACCGUUUACAAGAGAAAUAAUGGCACAACAUCUACGAAGCUCCAUUAUCAGUACGCUAUUCGUUUUCGAUGCUUUACUAGUUAUGCUUCCGUCUCUCACUCUCUUCAUCAGUUCUCCUUCACUACACCCCACUUUUAACUAUAAAGCACCUACUGAUCAAACAUUCAUGCGCUACUCCCACUGGCUUGAAUCCGUGCGGCCCAUUGUCCUGGUUUUGAAAGUGUUUUAGGGGUAGCCUGGGGCAAGGGUCUAUAGGGUUAGAUAAAUUAUGCUGGCAUAAUUUCGAGCAUAAUACUAUGGUGCCAGCAUCGAGCAUAAUGCCGUCAUAAUAGUCAUGUUUAGGAACAUAAAUGUUGAUAUAAUUAUCCUGCUUAUAAAAAAACAUCAAAGUAAUGUGUUUACAAAAUGUCCUGUCAAUUGCGGCCUUUGUGGCUGCUUUUUGCACUUAUUUGGCUUUUUUGAAGGCUUGGUUUUCUUUUUGAAAGCCUAGGCCCGGUUGCAUAAAACGCCCGUAACAACUACGGGUAUACGUACGUGCACUCGCAACUUAAGUGAGUUGCAUUAAAUCACUUAAGUGGUCCACUUAGGGAAUUCAAUUUAGUGGUUGUAUAUAAUUACGAUUUUCGUAAGUGUUCACUUAAGUGUCGGUUAUGCAACAGAAAUUGCGGGUGUUGCAUAAAACCUUUUUUCAGGGGAAAAAUAGCACGUAAAUUUACGGGACCUAUGUAGGUCCCGUAUCGUUACUGUUUUUACUAAAGCUAACGAGAUCUUUUUCUGAGAAGUGAAAAAAAGUAAUUUUUCUUCACGUAAUUCUUUCUAAUGCGCUUUGUUAACCUCUGAUGUACACUUUAAAGCCGACGUUGUGAAAAAAGAAGAAGAAUCAUCAUUUUCAGUAGACAUUGAAGAAAAAUAACGAUUGCAUGCAAAUUUCAUUUUUUUAAGGCUUAAAAGUGUUCGAAACGAAUUAAAACUUUCUUUACACUCACCGAUGGUUAGCUUAAAAAAAAGAGUGAGUCAUUAAUAAAGUACUACAUCAAAGUUACGUGUGCCUCUAAGUGAACCCGUAAGUUACCACGUAAAAGAGUAACUUACCAGAGUGCUAAGUGCGUUUCAUGCAACACCCGUAAGUGUACCCACAACGGAUUCGUAAGUGACCUACUUAAGUGGGCACUUAAGUGUAGGUUUUAUGCAACCGGGCCCUGGCUACUUACUUUAUGCCUGGCUCCCCAAGCUUGUAAGUUUGAGAGUGCAACAUGGCUUCCAGGUCUUCCAGUUCUGAGUCACGUCCCUUGAACUCUGAGCCAAGGAGACCCAGAAACCGUGACAAAAAUGCUUUCAGCCGAUUACAAAUUCGAAGUUCGCAGCUUUCCGACCUAGCGCGUAGCUGUGUGGUUACGACAAACAAAAGCAAGAGCAAAGAAAGCUGGGGGCCAGGUAAAGCGACCCAAAAGCCAACCACUGUUGUGAAGAAUGUGUCAAUCGAGUCAAGGAUGAGAGAAUAUAAAGAUGUCGAGCCAUUUGCAAAUCGAGUGGCAAAAUGUUCUGCAGAGAAGAGCUGGCAUUAAAAGCCAACAUUAUCUAUGGACACAUUUAUUCAUGGAAGCAUAAGGCAGGAAAGGAGAUGCUGGCCUAGGUAAAGAAGGGGGAAAUUUCAAUAGUGGAGGCCAUGAAGAAGAGUGUUGUUGUUAUUUAAAAGAAGAAAAUAAUAUGUUAGCCCCUAUUUUGUCCUUUUUUUUGGCGCAAAUUUCACGUAGCAUCUUUGAGCAUAAUGCUAGGGCCGAGCAUAAUUUCGAGCAUAAUGCUAUGAUUUUACGAGUGACGCUCAAAAGCAUAAUGUUCAAAUUUUCGAGCAUGAUUUAUAUAACCCUACCAGGGUCUGGAAGGGUAUUUUCGGGAACCGGGAUUUGACCAAAAUACGAUGCGGGAUUUGGGAAAACGCAAAUUAUAUCUUGACAGGAAAUGGGAUUUGACUGCUACCCGUUAAGCGGGAUUCAUCAAAACUUGGGCACGGGAUGCGGGAUUUUUUGCCUGUCUGUUGCGAAUUCGGGAAGUCGUACUAACGGCAAAUGCGAAUCAAGCAGGUGUGCGCUCAAUGGUGUCUCCUAUCAGAGCAAACUAUAGAGUUAUCUUGGUAAUGAUUAUCUCAAUGAAACUGUCAAGUAAUCAACAGACAAGCGGACAGAAGACUUCCUCUUUCAACCUGAUGUCAGAAAAGUACCAGGUAUAAACGGUGCUAUCUGACCACUUUUAAAUAACUUGGUGCAUGCAUGUCUUUAAUAAAUCCUCCUCCCUCCCUCUUCCUUUCUUCCUCCUUUUCCCCACUUUCAUCGAAAUUACUGGGAACAAAGAACCAAAUUCGGCGAAUCUCGGUUCCCUUCUUUUGCACAGUACUGUACCAUGUUAGAAGUACUGGGAACUGUUUUUCUCUUCCUCUCAGACGUCAUGUGCACAAAUUCAGCAAAUAUUCCCGGAUGCUAAAUCUGGCUACUACUGGGUCUACAUUAAGGGCAAGAAGGCACAAGUAUACUGCGACAUGGACAAUUAUGGUAUGAACGCGUUGUAUUUAUCAUGUAUCAGUCUCGUCUUUGUUGCUGGCUUAAGUUACUAAUCUAUCAAGCUGCACCCCUUGAAUUUAUUAGCUACAUGGUUCAGGCAACAGUAAAUGAUGAAAACGCUUAAAUUUAAUCUGUUUCAAGGUAUGGGAGAUGAGUAACCCCCUCUAUUUAUGCCGCAGGAUUGAUCCACACACUAACAAGUUACCGUAAACAGGGGGUAUACACAGUACCACAGGACACUACUUCUCAGUGGCUAACUCUGAGUUAAUGGUCACAAUUGGCAUUUCAUCCACAGUCUCAAAAUUAUCGUACACAGCUUGGAAUAAUCUCCAAAGCAGUGAUAUCAUCGACACAUGUAGUAGUAGGUGCCAAUCGGACAGGAGUUUGUUCGUCAUGACUGUGAAAAGGAUUACGCUAAACUGCUUAAUAGAUCAAGUUUCGUUUGCUAAUGAAAGAAUGUUCUCGUAAGUACAGUGAUUGUUAUUUACGUCAUAAACCAAUAAUUAGCAAUUAUUGAAGGAAGAUGAGUAUGAUUAUAGAGUUCAAUGAAGGUGUUAUCACAUGAUAAUAUCUUUAUUUAAAGAUGUUUUCAAACUUCUAAAACUCUCCGAGGUCUGCAUAAUUCUUCAGGGUGGUACGAAAGCCGAAUGGCUAAAGCCCCGCGCAAACGGACGCAACAUUGUUGGCAAACAACUCCCAACAUUGUUGGGAAUUGUUGCGUUCGUUUGCACUUAGCUAAAAGUUUGACCGGUUUCAAACUUAGAGCAACAACUCCCAACAACAUGCAACAACAUGCAAUUACAGAGAGUGCAAACUGACGCAACAUGUAACAUCCAGUAAUGUUGGAAGUUGUUGGUCAACAAUGUUGCAUCCGUUUGCACGUUCAUCCAAUAAUGUUUUAUUAUUCAUUCAAAAUCACUCCUAGUUUUAAAACAAGCUAAAACACUGUGUCUCGAUUGAUUUUAAGUUCCCGUUUUUAUGUACAUGUUUAUUUCUUGGCUUAAAUUCAGGAGAUUUAGUUCUGCAUAUAUUCUCUAUGUUUUUGGGAAAGUGACUAGUUAGGCCAUUCUUCUGGGCAAAACGUGACUGUAAAAUGUUCCGCUAUAUUGUAUUGCUCUACUAAAACAACGCAAUGUCUCCAGGGUUUCUCGGUUACCGUCCAUUUUGUGGCAUUUAUGCUGUAUUAUCGACGUUAUUUUCCACAUACCGCAAAAUUUUCAAAAUUUGGUCAUCGCUAGCUUGUUAUGAAGAAUUAGCCUGGGGAUUUGAGCCAAUCAGAAACGGAGAAAUAUUUUGAAUGAACAAUAUAACAUAUAUAGUGACUAUUACAUAAGGUACAUAGAAAAACAAGCAACAAAUAUUGCUGUUUUUCACUAGUUGGAUAAAUUUCUUUUCAGGAAUCCUUUUUCAGUUGGGAAUGUCUGGCGUGUUCGCUAAACCAACCAUAAACCACGCUCAUUUUUAAUUUGAGUCUGUUUGCUAAACCAAUCAAAUCCUUAUAUUCUUCUCUAUUCGUUGUUGACGUCUUAAUUGACUUAAUUUUGUUCAUGUGCAAUCAUUUCAAGUUCAAAAGAAAAUCGCUCUUGCCCCCAACCCAGAAACCCGCAAAAUGUAACAUCUAGAUCACGGCAAAUUAGAGGGACUCUUCCGGGAUCUUUUUUAAUCACUUGAACUAUUAGGUGGAGGAUGGACGCUUGUUGCAAGCAUCAGUUCUUCCAGCAAUGACCAUCUUUUGAGAGCAGAAGUCAACUGCUUCAAUUCAACACGUUGCGUUGAGUUCAUCAACACUUCAACUCCAUGCAGGAAAUUAUCGGAUGAGGACAUCCACGAGAUUGCAACACACGAAGGUAUAAGGAAUAGGAACUAG